ACGUCAUCACCGUGCGACGGCUGAGCGCAGCGUUUCACGCCAUGGCUGAAGCUGAGUCUAAAAAAGUGAUCAAGUUAGUCCCUGAGUAUCUGUUGAAAAAGAGGAAAUCUUACCAGGCCAUCAAAGCCACGCAGGCAAAACUCGCUCUGCUGGAAAAAAGGAAGGUAUCAAAAGGAAAACCGUUGAAGUUUAAGCGUUUAGAAGAUUUCUUGAAAGACAGCCACAGGAAACAUCGUGAUGACACGCGCAUCCGAAGAGCUGAGCACAGACCGCCGCCCCCCCUCCCACCCGCUAAGAACAAGCUGGCGUUUGCCGUCCGGAUCAGAGAGAUUAAAGGUGUCAGUUCCAAAGUGAUGAAGGUGAUCCAGAUGUUGAGGUUGAGGAAGAUUUUCAGCGGAUCGUUCUUCAAGAUCAGCAAGACGUCUGUAGGCAUGAUGAAGAUCGUGGAGCCCUACGUGGCCUGGGGGUUUCCUAAUCUAAAGUCCGUUCGUGAGCUGAUCCUGAAGCGAGGACAGACCCGGGUGGGCCGGCGGCGCGUUCCUCUCACAGACAACACCUUGAUCGAGCAACGCAUGGGUGAAUUGGGUAUUAUUUGUUUGGAGGACUUGAUCCACGAGAUCUACUCUGUGGGGAAAGGCUUCCGCACCGCCAACAACUUCCUGUUGCCGUUCAAGCUGUCGGUGGCUCGUCACGCCGCCCGAGACAAAGCUGGGCUCAUGAAGGACCUCGGGAAUCCUGGAUUCCGUGGUACCGACAUCAACGUCAUCAUCAGAAAACUGAACUGAGAGGACGUGCCUGCAAGAUGGACACAAGCUUUACUGAGGCUCCGCCCACACAAGGAGGAAGUGUCCUUUUCCCCCCACUUCCUUCCUGAGUUAUCCAGACACUUUGUUUUGACUCUUCUCCUUAUUGACGGAGACGUAACGGCGCCUCUUCACGGAUUCGUGACUGUUGACUUGUGUGCUGUCGCUCGGCUGCUGUUUGGACCAGAAGAUUGCGUGGCCGUGUAAUGGGUCGUACAAGGUCAUCAAUGGACACGUUGAGUGGUUUUCCCGUGUUUGUCCUUGUCCUCACACAGACACAGUCAUGCCAAUAAAGUUGAGUGGUUCUGUUCCCUUUUUUAA